AUGGCGAGUGGGGCUGACCGAAUCAGUGAUCUCCCGGAGGACGUUCUCCACCACAUCCUCUCGCUCCUGCCGGCGCGGGACGCCGUGCUCACCGUUCGCUUCGCCCCCUUCGUCGACGGCCUGCUGCGCGUCCGCCGCGGGGGCCCGCGCCUACGCUCCUGCGACUUCGAUCUGGAUGUGGUGGAUCUGGACCCCUGCCGCUUCGAUCUGGAGCUGCACGGCAACAGCUGGAUCCGCCGCGUGCUGCAGCUCAAUGUCCGGGAGUUCCGGUUCCGAGUCUCCUCCAACCUCUCCCGCAGGCCCUUCGAGCUCGACGAUACGCCCCUCUCCUCCCAGCACCUCACGAGUUUGGAGCUCACGGGUGUCGACGGCAUCGAUCUUGAUUUCUCUGGAUGCCCCGCGCUGCAUAGUCUCAAGAUGGAGGCGUCCCACGUUCGUUCGUUGGAAAUGCGUUCCCCCUCCCUGAAGCAUCUGAGUAUCAAAUACUGCUGCUUUUAUCCCGAAUGCCGCACUGAGAUGUCGUUCCCCAGCCUUGUCUCGUUCGAGUUCAUUACAAAUUCCGGAAGGGCUCCAAUCCUUGAAAGAAUGCCGUACUUGGAAACUGCAAAAGUUCGAUUCGAUCAUGAUCAUGUUUGCGAUGAUCGAUGUAUAAAUGGUCGAUUGGAAGAUUGUGGAGAUGAUGACUGUUGUUGUUGUUUUUAUUACCAUGGUCAUCAUGAUUCCGGCAGCGGCAGCGUGUUUCUUCAAGGCUUGGCUGAAGCGACAUACUUGAAUUUGUCAGCUUAUCCUGAUAUGUAUGUUUUCAACAGGGAUUUGAAAUGGUGCCCAGCAUUUAACAAGUUAAAGACCUUGGUACUUAGCAAAUGGUUUUUGUCUACUGACUUCAGUCCACUGAUUUGGAUCCGCCACCAUAGUCCUCUUCUGGAGAAGCUUACUCUUGAAAUUCCAAAGGAACACAAGUCCUUAAUGGAAACCGAGGGAAGUUACAAUCCAUGGGAAAAGUUGAUUGCACCUAGCCAUCUUCAGAUUGUUGAAAUCAUAUGCAAAGAUGUUGAUGGGAUAGUACUCAAAGUCUUCAAGUUGUCCAUACGUGUUACAAAACCAAGUGUCAUCGGUAAUCAAGUUUUAAUUUUGUGUGUACUGAUAUCAACUCCAAGUAGAAGUGAGAAGUGCCAGGCCGUUGAUGACUCUAGUAGAUUACUAAAGCAAUCAGAUACAAAGACUACCAUCAGGGUGUACAAUAGUGUCUGCUUCUCCUUAUAG